CGUUACUCUCUCCCUCUCUCUCACUCACGUACACAACAACUGCUGAAGCAAAGCACAACAAAACAUCUCUCACAUUCAAAACCAAGAGAGAGAAAGAGGAGAGAGAAAUCAGAGGAGAACAUUUCGAAAUUCUCAGAAAGCUUGAGAAGUAAAAGAUGGAUGAUUACACGAGGGAGAUGAUGGACCUCAAAACCCUAGUUACUCGUACUCUCGAGAAGAAGGGCGUCCUUGCCAAGAUCCGGGCUGAGUUGAGGGCAAGUGUGUUUGAGGCAAUUGAAGAAGAGGAUCGUGUUGUUGAGAAGGAAGAUGGUGUGCCUCCUGCUUUGCUUGGGAGCUGUAAUGAUCGUGCCAAACAACUUCACGCGUCACCUUCAGGGAGGUUGCUGACUGCAUUGAUAUGUGAAUACUUAGAGUGGGCACAACUAAAUCACACAAUGAAAGUUUACCUUCCCGAGUGUAAUUUGCAAAAAGACUUCUGGAAAACCGAAUUGAAGGAAUUUAGUAGCAAAAAUGGGUAUGAUCUUAACAGAAAUGGAGAUAGUGGUCCUUUGCUUUUGGACGUGCUUGAAGGAUUCUUGAAAUUUGAGAAUUUGUCCCAAGCAAGGGGUACUGGAAGAAAGCUAACCACUUCAGAAACAGAGUCCUUAUCCAGUCUAGAUUCUCGAAGUAGUCGUAGACCUUCUUCAUCAUCUGUUGCUGGGGGCCUCCCUCCACUAGGAAGGCCUCUUCCUGCUUCCCAGGCAUCUGAUAGGAGAGGUGGGUCUUCCAUGUCCAGUUACAGGAAAGACGAUUAUAAUUGGAGAUAUGACAGUGAUGAACUUCCGGAGGAAGUAAUUCGAGCUUCGUCUGCCUUGGAAAACCUUCAGCUAGAUAGAAAAGCUCGAAAUCUAACUACGUCUUGGCGGCAUGCAGGAGAUGGAAUGAGUGAGGAUGAUAGCAGGUCUGACCAUAUGUAGCCGAGUGAUUAUAACAUUGUAUUGUUGCACUUGUAUUUUUCUGUAUUGUUAUUGCCUCGUCAAAAAUGAUGAUUUAAUGAUAGGCAUGUUAUGUAAGUUUCCAACGUGAUUUAGAGCUUUGUUUGAGUGUCUUAGUUC